UCCCGUAUUAAUAUCACCCGCACUUUUCCUUCCCUUCGUUUCCGCACCUCGCCUCCUGCCCCUCCUCCUACUCCUCCCACCCCUCGCCGCGUCUCGGAGGAGCGCCGCCGCGGUGCUCGGCGUCCUUAGCUCCGCCUCGGCCCGUGGCUGCCGCGCCCACGCCUCGCGCGGAACGAGCCUCGUGCCCCUCGGCGCCGCGGCGGUUCAGGGCAGUGGCGGGCUCGGAUCCAAGCGCGGGGGAUCCGGCAGAAGGCCCCGGAGGGGAAUGUGGCUCCCGGCUUGAAGCUGUCGCCGGACGGGAGGCCACGGUCGAGAGGAGGCACAUGUUAUUGAGCUGGGGAUAUAAAGCAUGGGUGCCAUCAGCCAGUAAUCUCAGGAUUUGUGGGUCAAGGGGUUGAUGUCUUCAGGAUAAUGGCAGGGAAGGAGGAAGCUGCUCUGAAACCUGUAUCAUGUGGGGCAAGGUUACGUAGGAGUCAUGAUGCAUCACUAAGAGAGGAAGUGUCCAUGAGGGACCCUUUCUUGAAGCACAGAGUGAAGAAGUUUGAUCUAUCUAGCCUAGAUUGGAUUGAUCAGAUUCCAGAAUGCCCCGUGUUUUCUCCAUCGGUGGAGGAGUUCGAGGAUCCAUUUGUUUAUCUCAGUAAAAUUGCCCCUGUUGCGGCAAAAUAUGGUAUAUGCAAGAUUGUUUCACCUAUAUGUGCUUCUGUACCUGUUGGCACUGUACUUAUGAAGGAACAAGGUGGGCUGAAGUUCACUACCAGAGUGCAGCCUCUCCGUCUUGCUGAAUGGUCCAUGGAUGACAAGUUUGCUUUCUUCAUGAGCGGAAGAAAGUACACAUUUCGAGAUUUUGAGAAGAUAGCAAAUAAAGGAUUUGUUCGAAGAUACUCUAGUGCUGCCUGUCUUCCAGCAAGGUAUAUGGAAGAAGAAUUUUGGCAUGAAAUAGCAUUUGGCAAGAUGGAAUCCGUUGAGUAUGCAUGCGAUAUUGAUGGUAGUGCAUUCUCUUCUUCUCCUAAUGACCAACUUGGGAGAAGCAAAUGGAACUUGAAGAAACUUUCUCGGUUGUCCAAAUCAAUCCUGCGCCUUCUCAGAACAGCAAUUCCAGGAGUAACUGACCCUAUGCUGUAUAUCGGAAUGCUCUUUAGUAUGUUUGCCUGGCACGUGGAAGACCAUUACUUGUACAGCAUUAACUAUCAUCACUGUGGUGCUUCAAAAACAUGGUAUGGGAUCCCAGGAAAAGCUGCUCCAGAUUUUGAGAAAGUGGUACGCGAGCAUGUAUAUGAUCAUGAAAUUUUAUCAGGUGAAGGGGAAACUGCAGCAUUUGAUAUCCUUUUGGGGAAGACAACAAUGUUCCCUCCAAAUAUUCUGCUGCAUCAUCACGUUCCAGUUUAUAGAGCUAUACAGAAACCGGGAGAGUUUGUGAUCACGUUUCCUCGAGCAUAUCAUUCAGGUUUCAGCCAUGGUUUUAACUGCGGCGAGGCAGUGAAUUUCGCUGUUGGUGAAUGGUUUCCUCUUGGAGCAAUUGCUAGUCAACGUUAUGCACUUCUAAAGAGGAUACCAUUACUGCCUUAUGAGGAGCUUCUUUGUAAAGAGGCAGCACUUCUUGAUCAUGAAUUUUCUACAUCUAGUUAUAAAGAUUUGACAACAUCAACUGGAGAUACGCACAUUCAGCAUUGUAUGAAAGUCCCUUUUGUGCAGUUGAUGCGGCUCCAGCAUUGUGUCCGUUGGUCACUUAUGAAAAUGGGUGCUCGCACGCACUAUAAAGCAGAUAUUGAUGCCACAGUUCUCUGUAGCAUAUGUAAACGUGACUGCUACGUAGCUCAUGUUAUGUGUAACUGCAGAGUUGAUGCAAUUUGCCUUUGUCAUGAGGAAGAGAUUAGGAAGUGCCCUUGCAGCCAUGAUCGUGCUGUAUUUGUGAGAAAAGACAUUAUUGAGUUGGAGACACUGUCAAAAAAGUUUGAAGAGGAAAAUGGAAUAGUCGAUGCUGUCAAAAAGCAAAUGUCUUGUGGCUCUAGCACACAUUCUUAUUUCAACCGCAUUAAUCACAAUGCUGAAUACUUCCCAUACUGCAAGAUUCACAUAGAUACACCACCUGAAGUUCAUAGCAUUUCAGAGACACGUGUUUUUGGAUAUGAUCUGAACAAGCCAUAUCCUGAUGCAUCAACAAUAACAUUUUGUUUUGGACCCCAUGAGUAUUCUACACAAAGUGAUGAGUGCACAAGUACCAACAGAAGGAUCUUCUCCAGCUCUUGUCCUGAGAAUGGAUUUACUCCUCAAACUACAAUCAUUAAUGCGUACGCUUCGUCUGCACCUGAUCAAACAUGCUCUUCUGAAAAAUUGGCUGCAGAAGAUGCUGAUGAUUCUGACUGUGAGGUAUUUAGGGUGAAGAGAAGGUCUGGCAUAACUCCUGAGAGAAGGCAUACAGAAGAUUCAACCAUAACAACUUUCACUGGGAAUCAGGAUAGGAAGGUGCUGUGCGAAUGGGGCAAUCAAAACUAUGACCUUAUUUCCAUAAAUGGGCCUAAGUGCUUAGCUUCAAUCCAGCAUGUAUUAAAACGGUUGAAGAAAAUCCAUGCAGAUGACAGACAACAACAGAAGUUAGUGGAAGUAUCAUGUGGCACAACUGAUCCUGUCCAUACCCAUCAUUCUAGACAUUGUCUUGACUUUAUUUCUGGAAAUGGAGAUGACUCAGUACAUCCAACCAAAUUGAAGAUGUUACAUCAACUAGAUGCAAAUAUCAUGGAGGAUGAAUUUGCCUCCAGCCAAAAACAUAAUGGCUGCAACUACCUAUCUCCAUCUGUAGAGCUUGGGCCAAAGCGCUUGAAAAUUCUUGGCCCAUCAUUUCCCAGAGGGAAUCAUGAGCUGGAAAUCUCUUGUAGAUUCCAGGAGGACAGUGACUUGGCUAGUCACCAUGCUCGAUGAAGUAUAACAAGGCAAUUGGUGCUAACACCACAUAUGUUAACAAACAUCAGUCUUAACUUCUGGAAGCUGACAACUCCUUCGAGCCAAGGUUUCCUGUUUGUUGGUAGGUCAGUCGGUAAUGGAUGGUUCAGAAGCAAUUCUUUCCGCAGGCCUCCAAUAGAGGCACUGUCUUGGCUGGAUUCUUGAUUGCAUUUGCCAGGUUACCUUUGUGGUAGGGGACCUGAAAAGAGUAGGCAGACAGUUUCUGAUGUUGUUUAGUUGUACAUCUUCACUUAUCUCCUUUUUUCUAGGCUUUCCACUGUAAAGAGGUUAGUCUAUAACUUUUACAGUUUCUUUCAUUCUUUUUCCACAGACACACAUGUACCUAGAAUGCUUAAAUAGAUGCAAAUAUGAAAUUACUGUAUAUCUCCUGACAAGCCAUUCUACUUUCUACUUGUCUUCACACUUUGUGUAA